AUGCAACCAAGUGCUGGGAUAUCAAUGCAAUACGUUGGCAAAGUUGGAGGUUAUGUUUACAACCAAUGGAACUCGCUUAAUCCAGCGACCUUAUCAGGAGCCAUUGAUAUCAUCGUUAUAGAACAACCUGAUGGUACUUUACAUUGUUCACCAUGGCAUGUACGAUUUGGGAAGUUUCAGAUAAUCAAGCCUACUCACAAGAAGGUUGAUCUUUAUGUUAACGGGAUCAAGACGGAUAUUCCUAUGAAGUUAAGUGAUGGAGGAGAAGCCUUUUUCGUUAUGGAAGCUCGGAAUGGAGCGGGUGUAUCCAAUUCAGUGAUAACUAGUCCUGUUGUUAGUCCCGAGCUGUCACCUCCAGGAUCUCCCAAGAGUGAGUCAUCUCAAGAACUACUGAUGAAUCCAGAACCUUUGGAUUUGAAUGCUGAAGCUGAUGAUCCAGUGAAAUUGAGUCUGCGAUCUCCACAGAGUACUCAUUUACCUAUAAAUUCCAAACUUGCUGGUAGUGAAAGCAACUCAAGAGUAGCUACUCCCUCGUUUAUAGAAAAAGCUAAAACUCUUACUGCUCAAUUGAAUAUUCCCACAAAUGUUGAUGUCAAUGGUGAUUUUUUAAUGGAUUUAGAAGGUUACAAGUCAAAGGGAAAGAAGGCUGACGACAUUGAUCAAUUAUUCAAUAAGAUUUUUGAAGAAGAAUUAGAGCAAGGAAAUUUGCUUCCAACGGAUAAAGUUGAUUCUGAAGCGCUGUGGAGUAAAUAUGUUGUUAAGGAUGCUGAUGGACAACUUAGAAUCUCAAGAAAUGCAUUUGUUCAAGACGAAUUUCAGGAAGAUGAAACGGAAGGUAGUAAUGCUCCACCACUAGAAGUUGAACUGAUUGCUAGCGAUUCGGGUACCGGUUCUGGAAGUUCUAAUACAGUAUCUAGUGGAACCAGCGGUAGUGGAAGCUCUGGCUCUGGCUCUGGCUCUGGCUCUGGCUCUGGCUCUGGUGAAACUAGUGAUACUGAUGAAAGAACUUAUUUCAAGACUCUUCGUUUGACUUCAGAACAAUUACAACUCUUAAACCUUCGUUAUGGUGAAAAUACCCUUAAAUUCCAGUUGUCCCAUUCCACUGCCCAAAUCGAACUGUCACUUUUCCUUUGGAGGUCAACUACACCAAUUGUCAUUAGUGAUAUUGAUGGAACUAUCACCAAGUCUGAUGCCUUGGGCCAUGUUCUUAAUUUAAUUGGUAAAGAUUGGACACAUCCAGGUGUUGCGCAAUUGUUUACCGAAAUCCACAGAAAUGGCUAUAAUAUCUUGUUUUUAAGUGCAAGAUCUAUUGGUCAAGGUGACUCUACAAGACAAUAUCUUCGAGGUGUUGUACAAGAGGAUGGGAUUAAGUUACCUCGUGGUCCAGUGAUUUUAUCACCUGAUAGAACGAUGGCAGCUUUAAGAAGAGAAGUGAUUUUAAAGAAACCUGAAGUGUUUAAAAUGGCUUGUCUUUCAGAUAUCCGCAAUCUUUACUUCAACAACUCAAGUUCAACUCAAAAUACUGAACUCAAUGAUUACGAUGAAAAUGUUGGUGAUGCUUUAAACUCCACGAAUUUAUUGUCUACUACUAAUGAUGAUGAGAGAACACCGUUUUAUGCUGGUUUUGGUAACCGGAUCACAGAUGCUAUUAGUUAUCGUUCGGUUCAUAUUCCUUCUCACCGUAUUUUCACCAUUAACCCCAAUGGAGAAGUUCAUAUGGAACUUUUAGAGUUGAGUGGUGUGAAAUCUUCGUAUUUAUUAAUGGGAGAUUUGGUGGACCAUUUCUUCCCUCCAAUUCAAGAAUACAUCGCUAACGAUUACUUCAACGAUGCUCAAUACAAUCGGUAUCUUGAAAGUAAAGCUCAAGCCGAAGAUGAAGGUGAUGCUAGUACGUUAAAAAGUUCGGCUUUGAAUGAUGGAAGUCAAUAUUUAGCAGAAAGAGGUUCUAUUCCUAUUCCUGGGUCGCCUCCACCUCUGCUGUACCUGUGGGUGGGACAACGGUCUCCUCCGCAUAAUUUUACAGCCAGUUCACCUGAAGCUUCCUUAUAUGAAUGGGAACAACUGUCUCCCAGAUCACCUAGACUGCCUCGUCCAUAUAAUCCUGAGCCCUUUGUUGGACGUGUUAGUGAGAGAUAUACUGAUUUGAACUAUUGGAGAGAGCCCUUGAUGGACUUGAGUGAGCUCGAGAAAGAUUCUGACGUUGAAACUGAACUGCCCAAAAGCAAUUCAACAGCCAGUGGGCCUGGUACCAGUAGUAUUGGUGGACCUGUUAGUAUGUCUGAUAACACUGUUGCUAAUGGUGGUAGACCGUGGAGUCCAAGAACACCACCUGCCAUAUCUAAGUCUAACAUUAUUGGUGGCUCACCACCAUAUGUGACUUUGACACCUGAAAAGAGAUCUGGCAAUUCAGUGAAUCGUAAUAAAAGGGGUGAAAUAAUGAAUAACGUUGGAAGUAUAGUUAGUCCUUCCCCUAGCAAUCCAAUUUCUAUAUUGAAGUCUACUGCUGAUUUGAAUGACAGUCCCUUACGGAAGUUUAUGCGUGAAGGUGACAGGGAGACGACACCGCAAACUGCCUUUAAGGAUGAGGAAUACGACGACGAAGACGAAGACGAAGACGAUUACACUGAUGAUGACGAUGAUGAGGAAGAUGAGGAUUACACUGAUGAUGACGAUGAUGAUGAUGACGUUGACGAUGACGACGAUGAAGAAGAUGAUGACUUUGACGAAGAAGAUGAUUAUGAUGAAGAAGAUGAUUAUGACGAGGCAGAAGAAUUUUCAAUUGAGUCAGAGGGUUUGAUGUCUCCUUCAAAGUCUGCCAAAAUCAAUUGA